CGCAUCACCUCUUCGCCACAGCCGACAAGGGUUUGCUGCCGGACGUUUAUGUUCAUCUUAUGCUAAGGGUGGCAUAAAUGACGGGUGUAAUCAUGGAAGAUAUAUAUUGGGACAAUUUUCUCGCAUCAGAUGAAGCUAUACGAGUUUAGAGGAGAGCCACUACGUGUGUCUCCCUCUCUCUCACACCGAGCCCCCUCCUCCUCCGCUGGCAAUUUAUAAAGAACAAAAAAUUCGACUAGGGAGGGGGUUGAUACGCCGAAGCUGAAAUCGAGAGGCGAACCCAGGAAAGGAGUAUAUUGUACACGCGACUUUCCCCCCCUUCGUCCCCCAAAAGGAGGGGGAAAAGUCAGAAUUGUGGAAUCGAAAAGGAAAAUAAGGUUCAAAAGACGUGAAAACGUCUUCCGUUGUGGAUACCGUAUAUAUUUUUAAUUCGAAAAAAUAUGGCCGAGAACGUUCUGGACUCUGGCCCGCCUUCAGCCAAGAGGCCUAAACUAUCCUCUCCGGCACUGUCUGUCUCCGCAAGCGAUGGAAACGAUUUCGGCUCGUUGUUUGACCUGGAGCAUGACCUCCCGGACGAGCUUAUCAACUCCUCAGAGUUGGGCCUGGUCAACGGCGGGGACCUCAGCCAACUGCACACCAGCCUGGGAGGUGGGUUGGGCCCAGGGGGAGGGGGUGGCCAGGACGCGGUGGCCAAGCACAAGCAGCUCUCCGAGCUCCUUCGAUCAGGCGCUCCACACGCCUCCACCCAGCAGGGCGCAGUGGGCAGCACAGGCGGGGCCAGCAUGGGCCACCUGGGAAACAUGAAGAUGUCCCCUGGGCCCCAGGGCAUGGGCCAGCAGCAACACCUCUCACCUCAGCAGCAGGCCAGCAUGAUGCAGCAGCAGGUGGGGAUGGUGGGCAGCAUGAAUCGGGGAAUGAUGGGGGCCCAGAAGGGCAACGGACAGCAGCAGCAAUCCAUGAUGGGUGGGCAGGUGAUGAACGGAUCCCCCAGGAUGGGCUUCUUGAACCAGGGGAUUGGGGGGAACAGUAACGUGCUGGCUGAGACUCUGCAGCAGCAACAACAGCAGCAGGGGGCUGGUGGACAGGCUGGACUCAGAGUACAGCAACCUGGAGCAAUGAACAAGAUGGGUAUGAUGGGUAACCCGGGCUCCUAUGGAGGCCCCUAUGGAGGGCAGCAGGCAGGCCUGGGGGGAGCAGGGCUGGGCCCUCCGCUCCAGAACAAAGGCUCCAUGCCCAACAGCCUGGCCCAGUUCAGCAUGGACAAGAAGAGCCAGCCCAUGCAGGGCAUGUCUGCCAUGGCCUCCCAGCAGUCCGCUGCAGGUGUGGGCGGUGGAGCCGGAGGCACUGCAGGGAUGGUCCCCAACGCCCAGGGAGGCCUAGGGCCCGCCGUGUCUGUAGCCGCAGCAGCCGGGGUGCCCCCUACGGCCGACCCUGAGAAGCGCAAGCUUAUCCAGCAGCAACUAGUGCUCCUGCUACACGCACACAAGUGCCAGCGGCGGGAGCAAGCCAACGGGGAGGUGCGCCAGUGCAACCUGCCACACUGCCGCACCAUGAAGAACGUCCUCAACCACAUGACCCACUGCCAGGCCGGAAAGUCUUGCCAAGUGGCUCACUGUGCUUCAUCCAGACAGAUCAUCUCUCACUGGAAGAACUGUACACGGCACGACUGUCCGGUCUGCCUGCCACUCAAGAACGCUGGGGACAAGAGGAACCAGCAGUCUCUGCUAGGGGGUGCUGGUGUAGGUCUGGGUAGUUCCCUGGGCUCAGUGCCCGGAGGCCAGCCCAGCACCCCAAACCUCAACCCCCCCAGCCAGAUCGACCCCAGCUCCAUCGAGAGGGCCUACGCCGCCUUGGGCCUCACUUACCAGGGCCUGCAGAGCCAGCCCAACCAGGCUUCUCUGCCCUCACAGGGCUUGCAGAGCCAGCCGGGCAUGAGGCCGCUCAAUCCCAUGGGGGGUAACCCGAUGGGAGUGAAUGGAGGUGUGGGUGUUUCACCCCAGAACCAGCAGGCCAGCCUGCUACAGGACACCAUGCUACACCUCAAUAUGAACUCCCAGGGUCUGAUGAGUGAUGCGGGCGGGGCGGGUAACAUGGGAUGCAUGCCCACAGCGACCCCACCCUCUGCAGCAGGCAUGAGGAAGAGCUGGCACGAGGACAUCACCCAGGACCUGAGGAACCACUUGGUGCACAAACUGGUACAAGCCAUCUUCCCGACCCCAGACCCUGCUGCUCUGAAGGACAGGCGGAUGGAGAACCUAGUGGCGUAUGCUAGGAAGGUGGAGGGGGACAUGUACGAGUCUGCCAACAGCAGGGCGGAGUACUACCACCUGUUGGCUGAGAAGAUCUAUAAGAUCCAGAAGGAGUUGGAGGAGAAGAGGCGGACGCGGCUCCAGAAGCAGGAUGGUCCCCUCCCUGACCACUCUCUGGUGCGGCCCGGUGGACCCAACCAGAUGGUUAAUAGGAUGCAGAACCCUGCAGGUAUGAACCAGUUCAACCAGAUGGGGAUGCAGUCUAUGGGUCAGAGGUUGACCCCUCCUCUACCCCUCACACCCAUCAACCAGAUGGGCAUGGGGAACCCCAGGAUGAACCAGCCCAACGUGGGCCAGAACCAGUACCUGCCCCAGGGACAGUUCCCAGGCUCCGGUCCAGGCCUCGGCACUGGUCAGCCUGGCAUGGCACAGCCUGGCAUGAACCAGCAAGGCAACCAGGGAGGCAUGGCACAGCCUAGUAUGAACCAGCAAGGCAACCAGGGAGGCAUUGUACAGACUCAGAUACCCAUUCCUUCCCCUCUCCCCGUCAACAGCCCUCUAGCUGGGCCCGGCUCGGUCGGUGGGGGUAGUGGCGUCCCCUCGGUGGGGCCCAUGGGUCCCCAGAGUGUGGGUGGAGGCCCCUUGUCCAACCUGCCCCUGUCCAACAACCCCCAGCAGCCCAACUCCAUCCCCCACCUCGCGGCCAUGCGCCAGAGCUCGCCCUCCCCCGCCCGCAGUCUUACCCCCACACCCCACCAAACGCCACCCAGGCUAGCGGGCUCACAGACCCCCCAGCCCCACACCCCCAACCCGUCUCAGCUGGCCCCCCCAGGCCCUCAGCAGCAGCUAGGGCCCGGCAGCCAGGGGCCAGGCUCCAACAAGCCCAUGCAGCAGGGGAUGGGGGCGGGGUCUACCACCCCAUCGCACCCUGGUCACCCCUCCACAACCCCCAACCCACAUGGAGGCCAGCUCCCUCGCACGCCUCGCACUCCGAUGUCCCAGAAGGGGGGCUUCCAGCCCCAGGACGGUCAGGCUCUGACCCCAGCGUCGGUCAGCAGUGUGGACACAGCCUCCCAGCAGGCCUCCCAUUCGGAUGCCUCGGCCUCCGUGGACCCCAAGACGGAGGUCAAGCAGCAGCAGCAGGAUGAGGAGGAUGACGGGGAGGAAGGCUGCUCCAAGGGGGGGAAGUUAUCCAACGUCAAGAUGGAGAACAAACCCAUCAAAAUGGAGGGGGUGAAGAAAGAGGAGUGUGGGGGCAAAGGUGUUCCCAUGGAAACGUCAUCAUUGGUGGGGGUAAAGAGUGAAGACAGGGUGAAGACUGAAGACCGGAAGCCGGAGGUGAAGAAGGAGCCAAAAGAGGAAGAGAAGGGAUCCGAGUCCCCUGGUACACCGUCUGGUGCCCAGAACAAGAGGAAGAUCUUUAAGCCAGAGGAGCUGCGCCAGGCCCUCAUACCCACCCUGGAAUCUCUAUACAGACAGGACCCAGAGUCUCUGCCCUUCAGACAGCCUGUCGACCCUCACCUACUGGGCAUACCUGACUACUUUGACAUAGUGAAGACCCCCAUGGACCUGUCCACUAUAAAGCGGAAGCUUGACACGGGUCAGUACCAGGAACCCUGGCAGUAUGUGGACGACAUCUGGGUCAUGUUAAACAAUGCCUGGCUAUACAACCGCAAGACGUCCCGCGUCUACAAGUACUGCUCCAAGCUGGCUGAGGUGUUCGAGGCCGAGAUAGACCCCGUCAUGGUCAACCUGGGCUACUGCUGUGGCCGGAAGUUGGAGUUUUCUCCCCAGACGUUGUGCUGCUAUGGGAAGCAGCUGUGCACUAUACCCCGGGACGCUGCCUACUUCAGCUACCAGAACAGUUCACCAAAAUUUGGGCUUCUUGCUGACAGGUACCACUUCUGUGAGAAGUGCUUCAACGAAAUCCAGGGGGACAACGUGUCCCUAGGAGACGACCCCUCCCAGCCUCCGACUUCCAUCGGUAAAGAUCAGUUUGAGAAGAAGAAGAAUGACACAUUGGACCCUGAAUUGCUUGUGGAAUGUAUGGACUGUGGACGUAAGAUGCACCAGAUCUGUGUGCUGCACAAUGACACGAUCUGGCCGUUAGGUUUUAAUUGUGAUGGCUGCUUAAAGAAGUUGAAUAAGACACGUAGAGAGAACAAGUAUGCCGCCAAAAGGUUGCCCCACACUAAGCUGGGCUGUUAUUUGGAGACGAGGGUGAAUGACUUCCUGAAACGUCAGAGCCACCCUGAGUCGGGUGACGUCACCAUCCGAGUCGUCCACGUCUCCGACAAGGUGGUGGAGGUCAAACCAGGCAUGAAGUCCAGGUUUGUGGACACUGGGGAGAUGUGUGAGUCGUUCCCAUAUAGAACAAAAGCCCUGUUUGCCUUUGAGGACAUCGAUGGCGCUGACGUCUGCUUCUUCGGCAUGCAUGUACAGGAGUAUGGCUCGGACUGCCCUCCUCCCAAUCAGAGACGAGUGUACAUCUCGUACCUGGACAGUGUUCACUUCUUCCAGCCUCGUUCUCUGAGGACGGGUGUCUACCAUGAGAUUCUCAUUGGCUACCUGGAGUAUGUCAAGAAGCUGGGGUACACAACUGGUCACAUCUGGGCGUGCCCACCUAGUGAAGGGGACGACUACAUUUUCCACUGUCACCCUAUGGACCAGAAGAUCCCCAAGCCCAAGAGGCUACAGGAGUGGUAUAGGAAGAUGCUGGACAAGGCUGUGGCGGAGCGCAUAGUGCACGACUUCAAGGACAUCUUCAAGCAGGCCACGGAGGACCGUCUGACCAGUGCCAAGGAGCUGCCGUACUUUGAGGGGGACUUCUGGCCCAACGUGCUAGAGGAGAGCAUCAAGGAGCUGGAGCAGGAGGAGGAGGAGAGGAAGAGGGAGGAAAACAGUACUUCCAACGAGAGCGUAGAUGCCACGAAGGGCGACAGCAAGAACGCCAAGAAAAAGAACAGCAAGAAGACUUCUAAGAAUAAGAGCAGUAUGAGCCGAGCCAAUAAGAAGAAGCCAGGCUUGCCCAACGUGUCCAAUGACCUCUCUCAGAAACUCUACGCCAGCAUGGAGAAGCACAAAGAGGUAUUCUUUGUGAUCCGUCUGAUAGCAGCACCCAUGUCCAACACGCUGGGCCCCAUUACGGACCCCGACGGCCUGAUGGCCUGCGACCUGAUGGAUGGGCGCGACGCCUUCCUCACCCUGGCCCGGGACAAACACUUGGAGUUCAGCUCGCUGCGCAGGUCCAAGUGGAGCUCCAUGUGCAUGCUGGUGGAGCUCCACAACCAGAGCCAGGACCGCUUCGUCUACACCUGCAAUGAGUGCAAGGGCCAUGUGGAGACACGCUACCACUGCACCGUCUGCGAGGACUAUGACCUGUGCAUCACCUGCUACAAUACUAAGGGCCACAUCCACAAGAUGGAGAAGCUGGGUCUGGGCCUGGACGACGAGAGCAACAACGCAGCCUCCUCGUCCAUUGCCAACCCCGGGGACUCGCGGCGCCUCAGCAUCCAGCGCUGCAUCCAGUCUCUGGUCCACGCCUGCCAGUGUCGCAAUGCCAACUGCAGCCUGCCGUCCUGCCAGAAGAUGAAGCGCGUGGUGCAGCACACCAAAGGUUGCAAGCGUAAGACCAACGGCGGCUGCCCCAUCUGCAAGCAGCUCAUCGCUCUCUGCUGCUACCAUGCCAAGCACUGCCAGGAGAACAAGUGUCCUGUACCGUUCUGUCUGAACAUCAAGCACAAGCUGAGGCAGCAGCAGCUCCAGCAUCGGCUACAGCAGGCCCAGAUGCUGCGGAGGAGGAUGGCCAGCAUGCAGAGGGUGGGUCAGCCACCUCCGGGACCGGGGGGAAACGGUGGACUACCAUCUCCGGGAAACAACGGCACCACAGGGCCCAGCACCCCCAUGUCUGUGGGCACGCAGCCCCCCACGCCUCAGACCCCCACCCAGGGGAACAUGCCCCAGCAGGGGAUGGGCCAGGGCCCCCCAGGGCAGCAGCAGGGCAGCAUGCCCCAGCAGCACCACAUGCAGCACCAGUUCCAGCAGCAGAUGCAGCUGCAGCAGCAGGGGGGAGGGGGAAUGAUUAACUCUCCUCAGCAGCAACAGAUGGUCCAACAACAGCUCCAACAGCAGCAACAGGGCCAGUCUCCAAAUGUCCAGCAGAUGCAGCACCCAGGAGGUCUGCCCCCCUACAUCCCCAGACCUCCAGGAGCCUCACCCCUCCACCAGUCCCUGGGUAAACCUGGUCUGGGCCCAGCCACCCCUCCACAGCAGCAGACGAACCCUAGUCAGGGUUCCAUGCCCCAGGGGCAGCAGCAGGGGCCUCCUCCGGCAGCGGUGGAGAUAGCGUUGAAGAUCCAGCGUGUGGCAGAGACCCAGCGUCAGAUGGCCCAGGCCCAGAUCCUCCAGAGGCAGCAGGCGGCCCAGGGUGGAGGCAUGAUCCCCCCUCACCACCAGAACCCCCAGGCCCAGAUGCAGAGCAUGGCCCACCCAGGAGCAGGCAUGGUAGGGCCCCAGGGCCAGGGUCUGGCAGGCAGGACCCUGAUGGAGCAGCAGGGGAUGGUGGUGGGGCCAGGAGGCAUGCAGCAGCAGUCCCAGAUCCCCCCUCAGGUUCAGCUCCAGCAGCAGGCCCGACUUCAGAACCCCAACCAACAGCAGUGGGGAGGCCCUGGUGGGAUGACUCCCCAGCAGAGGCAAGGCAUGAUGGGACAGAUGGGUCACCUGACACUGCAGCAACAGCAGCAGCUUGCCCAGCAACAGCAGCAGCGGCAGCUUGCCCAGCAACAACAACAACAACAGCAGCAGCAACAACAACAACAGCAGCAGCAGCAGCAGCAGCAGCAGCAACAACAACAACAGCAGCAAGGUCAACCCCAGCAGCAGCAGCAACAACAGCAGGCAGGGCAAGGGGGGUUAAUGGGGUUGAUGGGAGUUCAAGGUGGCGUGGCUGGGGCGGCGGCAGCAAUGGUGGGGACAGGGAACCUCCCCCAGGCAGCUCUACAGGACCUCCUGCGUACCCUCCGCUCUCCCAGCUCCCCCGGCCAGCAGCAACAGGUCCUCAACAUCCUCCGCUCCAACCCCCUCCUUAUGGCUGCCUUCAUCAAGCAGCGAGCCGCCCGAUACCAGGGAGGUCCAGGGGUGCCUGGGGCACCGGGAGGAGGCCCAGGAGGGGGGCCUGGAGGUGUGCGGUUCCAGGGGGCCCCUGGUGGGGUAGGAGUUGGGCCUGGUGGUAACCAGGUUGUUAUGGAUGGUCAGCAGGUCAACGUAAAUCCUGGAGCGGCCCAGGCAGGUAUGAACAUGGGCCAGGGAGGAGGAAAUAUACCCACUAUGGCUCAGCUACAGCAGUUGCAGCAGCAGCAACUGCAGCAGCAACUGCAACAGCAACAACAACAGCAGCAGCAACAACAACAGCAGCAACAGCAGCAGCAGCAACAACAGCUGCAGCGCCCCCUCUUGCCUGGGAGUUUGCAGCAACAGCAGCAAAUGGCAGCGCAACAACCGCAGCAACAACAAGGCGGUAUGCCGGGCCAAGGCACCCCAAUGUCCAACAUGACUCCCCAGUUCAGAGAGAUUCUGAUGCGAAGGCACCUGCAGCAGCAACAGCAGCAGCAGCAGCAACAACAGAUGAGUAACAAUGGUCAGUUCCAGCAGCCCCCCCAACAGCAGGGUCAGGGCCAGCAGGGCUUCAUGCAGCAGGGCCAGCCUGGUCAACCUGGCCAGACCCAGUCUGGGGGAGGAGGGCUGCAGCAGGGGGGGGGGCAGGGGCCCCACCCGGGUCCCGGGCAGGGCCAGGGCUACCCUGGAACCAUGUCCCAGCAGGUGGCCACAGCCCUGCAACAGAGGCUGCAGCACCAGAUGCAGAUGCAGCAACAGGAUGGUGCGGGGCCUGGGCAACUCCAACAGGGGCAGCAGGGUCCCCCCCAGCCCCAGUCCUCCCAUGCCAUUCUCCAGCAGGCCCUCCACCAGAGACUCCUCCAGCAGCAGCACCUAGGAGGGGGCUCGCCUGCCCAGCACGGCAGUCCUAUGAGCCCCCAGCAGCAGAUGGCCCAGUCCCCACACCCCCACCUCCAGGGCCAGGCUCUGGGCGGUCAAUCUCUCAGUAACCAGGUGCGUUCUCCUCAGCCUUCCCCUCGGCCACAGUCCCAGCCACCCCACUCCAGCCCCUCGCCACGCAUGCAGCCCCAGCCCUCCCCUCACCGCAUCUCCCCCCAGACCCAGACAGGCUCCCCACACCCAGGUCACGUCUCCCAGCACCACCCUGGCAUGGUGGCCUCCCAAAACCCACAACAACAAUUGUCACAGCAACAACAACAGACUAACUCUGGGGACCCGGGUACAUUUGGUUCGGACCCAAGUGCUAUGAUGUCCCAGAUAAGUGGGAUGGGGGGUUUGCAUGGCCCAGGGCAAUCGGACAUGUUGGGUAAUAACAACCAGGACCUGGGGACGAACAUUAACCACAACAGUUCAGACAUUAUGUAACCUACUACUACGUCUGUCUCAGUGGUCUGAAGAACUGCCUUCAUGGGUCUUGCUGGGAUUGAAUGGAAGGGGGAUGGCAGUUUUAAAAGGUAUUUUUAUUUAAUAUUUUUCUGAUGUAUAAAUGAAAAGAACUUAACUUCCUAUGGGAGAUGCAACAUUUUAAAUCUACAAGUCAAUAAAUGAAUAAAUUAAACGAAUGGUAAGUUAUUGCUGUUUAUGUUUUUAUAUAUAUAUAUAACAUUUUUGCCAAUUGUGUGUAUGGAGUUUCUGGAUGUGCGAGUUCUUCCUUAGUAUAUGACACAAGUAAUAUUUUUGGGGACUGAAUUUUUUUGCUUAUUUUUUUUUUUACACGUAUUUUUAAGAUUUUAAAUGUGGUGGAAAAUUGCAGUGAGCUAAUUACAAUGGACCUUUUUAUCGUUCUGUUUUCCUUCAUAAAACCAGUCAUGAUUGUAUCUGUUUUGCAGAAGUAUUUUUUUUUAAUAUAUAAAUAUAUUAUAAUGAUCAAUAUUUUUGCUGUAUCUACAAACAAACAUCACAACAUAUCUUCCUGCCUUUUUUUUGGGGGGGGGGGGGGGGAUACUUUUUUUCCCGGUAAAUGUACCUUGCGACUGCUACAUUUCACAGAAUAUAUUUUUGAAAAUGACUGUCCAAAAACCGAGAGGAUUCAGAAAGGUGAGUUUUUUUAUUUUUAAUUAAAAAAAAAAAAAAACAUUUUAUUUCUUGACUUUUUUUCUGGUUUUGUAAUCCAAGUUAAACUUAAGUGUUGUGGGGAGGGUGUUGAACACUGGCUGAUCUCCCUCUUGGACUGACUGUCUCAGGUCAGAAGCUUCCAGUUUUGACGCCCAGAUCUUCUACGUGUCUCCCAAUUUUUUUUUUUUUUUUUUUUUUUUUUUUUCUCUCCCAUGAAUGUGCACUCCCCUUUUACCCCCACACUUACUACAGAAUGUUGGAUGGACUUACUGAGGAUGUUGCCUGUUGCCAGCUGAUUCGGAUAGAUUGGCUGUGUGCGUGUGUACAUGCAUACCCUCAUGAAAUGAAACGCAGAGGAACGGGGAUAUGGGGAAUGUGUAGCGGGGUUUUCUAGCUACAAACUCGCCUCUUUAAAAAAAAUAAUAAUUAUUAUUGUCAACAAUGCUGCCCUUUCCCACCUCUCCUAGUCACAUCCCCCUUGUUGUCUUUUGCCCUGCACCAUUGGGUGUAAUCUAAUAUUACUGUACAAAGAACUGGACUUUAAUGAAAUGCUGUUUUUGUAAUAAAAUGAACAGCAUAAAGUUGGUGUACAGACUUUAACCUAGGAUGAGCAGAGAGACUCAAUUAUAGAUAUUCUCCUUUUGAUUUCCUAGCAACUCGGACUCCUCCCAAAUUGAAAGUAUUGAGGUUUCUGUAAGGUACAGUAGGUCAUAUGAGCACCAAUGCGCCUUUGUAUUUUUGACAAACUGGGGUUAUUCUAACAAAUCACAUCUUGUUUGCUGUGAUCACCAACACAUUCACAUGCGCAACACAAUACCGGGGAGAAGGCUUAUUAGUGUGGUCAGACAAUGUCAUUAAAGAUUUCACAAGUUCACUAAUUUUUCUCUAUAGGUUGGGAUUUGGGGGGAGGGGAAAAAAGUGGCAAUAUCUUGAGACUUAUUUUAUAUAAAAAGACAGUCUUUUAUAUAUAGAUAUAUUAUUUAAUUUCUUUUAUAUAUAUAUAUAUAUAUAUAAACUUGAAGCUACAGGAAUUAGAUUAAACUUUUUUUGUAUUAAAGAUGUGAUGCAAAAUGACACUGCGGUCAUUGAUACUGCGGGUUUGAGUAUAUCAUGCCAUUUUGAAGAGAUGUACAUGCAUAUAAAUGUAUACAUACUGAAUCACUGUAGAAACCAUGGCAACUGAACUUUUGUUUAGUUUGUUUCUUCCUAAAGAGACUGGAAAUAAGACUAUUUAAUAUUUGUUUAGUGUUCAAAUGGAAUCUUUGACCACUUUUCUCUACAUAUUUUGGUGCUUGUGCUAAAAGGAAGCAGAAAAGAACUGUUGCUCCAUUUUUCUUUAGUUUCAAAUUUAAGUUAUUUUGGUGGUCUGAUUUGUAUUUUUUUUUGCAAAUAAUUUAAUUGUACAAUAAAGUAUGUUUGUACCAUUGGAAAAA